AUGAUUUCGGGACGUGGAAGAGGAAAGAUUAGGGCGCCUCGUAGGGGUGUGCUUGGUGCCCAUGGCGAUGGCGACGAAUUCGGGGCGAUGUGGGAGAUCUUACGGUCGGCACUAAGAGAAAUUCAUGAAAAGAACGCCUCAAAACUCUCCUUCGAACAGCUAUAUCGCGCCUCAUACAAAAUUGUGCUGAAGAAGCAGGGAGACAGACUUUACGAGCAUGUCAAGGAGUUCGAAGAGCAAUGGUUUGCCAGCCAAGUUAUGCCAGUUAUCCGAAAGCUCAUCACAAACAACCUGAUCAAUAUUACACAAGGUGGAAUCGCUAGCGCAACGGCGAACGAGAGAAGGUUGACAGGGGAAGAAUUUUUGAAAGGACUGAAGCUGUCAUGGCAAGACCAUGUUACAGUCAUGAAUAUGACGACGGAUGUGUUGAUGUAUAUGGACCGGAUCUACUGCCACGACAACCGAAAGGCUUCGAUAUUUACAACCACUAUGGGACUCUUCCGCGACCAUAUUCUUCGCGCGCCCCUCGCUGCGACAAGUGAGAACAUGAUCACUGCUGAUAUUCUCAAUUCUGUUGUCCUGGACCAAAUUGGUAUGGAACGAGAUGGAGACGUCAUAAACAAAUAUCACAUCCGAUCAUGUAUGUCUAUGUUAGAAAGAUUAUACGAGACGGAUGAAGAGGCAGAGAAUGACAAGCUCUACCUAACGAUGUUUGAGCCCGAAUUCUUGGCGAACAGCAGAACCUUUUACAAGAAAGAAUGCAGCGCUUUACUUCGAGACUCAGAUGCUAGCACAUGGCUGCGCCAGACGAAAAAACGACUGGCGGAAGAGGCAGCACGUUGCCAAACCACCAUCUCCCCGCUUACGGCACCAAAGAUUGCAAAGGUUGUUGAAGAAGAAAUGAUUAGCGCACAUCUUUCCGAGUUCCUUCAAAUGGAAGGCAGUGGUAUUAAAGCCAUGAUCAACAAUGAUCGUUUCGAAGAUCUGGAAGCUCUUUAUCAGCAAAUUUCCAGGGUUGACCCGGCAAAGGUGCCGCUGAAGAAAGCGCUCCAGUCUCAAGUUGUAAGCUUGGGUAUGGAAAUCAAUAAAUCCAUCACGGAAACCGAUUUUACAACUGUUCAAGCCGCCCCAGAAAAUGGCGAGACCGUCGAAGCAGUCGAGGGCGGAGCCAGCAAGCCUAAGCCUCCUUCAAAAAAGAGUACUAUCAAUGCACAAACACUUGCUGCUAUCAAGUGGGUAGAGGAGGUGCUCAAGCUGAAAGACAAAUUUGAUGUGAUGUGGGAGAACUGCUUCAAGCAGGACCUACUUUUGCAGACAGCACUCACCAAGAGCUUCGCAGACUUUAUCAACAUGUUUGAUCGAUCGUCUGAAUAUGUUUCGCUCUUCAUUGACGAGAAUUUGAAACGCGGCAUCAAAGGCAAGACAGAAGCAGAAAUUGACAUUGUCCUAGAUAAGGCAGUUAUAUUGAUUCGAUAUCUUCAAGACAAAGAUAUGUUCGAGAGAUAUUACAAGAAACAUCUUGCUCGACGACUGUUGAUGUCGAAAUCAGAAAGUGCUGAUGUUGAGAAAGCUAUGAUUACUAGGAUGAAGAUGGAGAUUGGAAAUGCUUUUACCCAGAAGUUGGAAGGCAUGUUCAAAGAUAUGCAAAUGUCGGGCGAGCUGACAACGCAAUAUCGGGAGCACAUUCGCAACCUUGGGGAUAUGGACAGGAAGAAUAUCGAUCUCGGUGUUCAAAUUCUCACUACCAACCAUUGGCCCGUAGAAGCGGUAGGAGGCUCCAGGGUAGAAGCAGGGCGCGAAAAGUGUACCUGGCCCUCCGAGAUCGUUACGCUGCAAGAGUCCUUCAAGGCCUUCUAUCUAAAAGAGCGCAAUGGUAGAGCUUUAACCUGGUUGGGCUAUCUGGGUAACGCCGAUGUUAAGGUUGUCUUCCCAAAAGUUUCAGGAAAAGAGGUCGGCCCAUUGAGCAAGGUACGGAGACACGAACUUAAUUGUUCGACCUAUGCCAUGCUCGUUCUACUCCAAUUUAACGACCUACAAGAUGGCGGCUCACUCAGCUUUGAGGAAAUCCAAGAAGCCACGAAUAUGCCGACGCAAGAGCUUUCGCGACAGCUUUACACUCUGAGUGUUGUUCCAAAAGCUAAAGUCCUAAGCAAAACUCCAGACGAUAGAACCCACCCAAAAGCUGGUGAUAGGUUCUCAUUCAAUACCAGCUUCAGCAGCAAGGCCAUCAAAAUAAAGCAACCGGUAAUUUCUGGUCUGGCGAACAAGGCGGAGAGUGAAGAAGAGAGGCGAGAGACCGAGGAGAAAAAUGACCUAUAUCGGGGUCUUAUCAUCGACUCGGUCAUUGUUCGUAUUAUGAAGGCACGCAAGGAACUCGCACAUUCACUUCUAAUCAUGGAAGUCAUUACACAGCUUUCCUCACGCUUCAAACCUGAUGUAGCUAUGAUGAAGAAGCAAAUCGAGAGUUUGAUCGAUAAAGAAUACUUAAUGCGUGUGGAAGAAGCGGAUCAACCUACUUACCGCUAUCUGGCAUAG